AGUCCUGGAGCGUGUGGAGGAUUACCGAGCAAAGCUGGCUGCCGCUGUUUCGCCGAGUUUCGGGUCUUUACGAGAAAUACCCGCUCGUGUGUUUCUGCCGGUGCGAUAAUCAAAGGCAGAUCGCCGCACGUAGCAGACUUGUAGAAGUUGCUUCGUCUCGAAGUUUCAAGUGCCUGUCCGGCUGGUGGUUUUGCCAUGCUCUAAACAUGACCCGCGGUACAGUUCGGCGCUCUCACGAUGUCGUCUAAAAGCGAACUGAAGAAGCUGAGCGAGGAGAGCCUAACCCGGCAACCAGAGGAAGUUUUUGACAUAAUCUGCAAGCUCGGAGAGGGCAGCUAUGGGAGCGUCUACAAGGCACUGCACAAGGAGUCUGGACAGGUGCUGGCCAUCAAGCAGGUCCCAGUGGACACGGACCUGCAGGAGAUCAUCAAGGAGAUCUCCAUCAUGCAGCAGUGCGACAGUCCCUACGUUGUCAAGUACUACGGUUCCUACUUCAAGGGCUCCGACCUCUGGAUUGUCAUGGAGUACUGCGGUGGCGGCUCAGUUUCCGACAUCAUGAGGUUACGAAAGAAAACGCUGUCCGAGGAAGAGAUAGCGACUAUCCUGUCGGACACCCUGCGUGGCCUGGAGUACCUGCACCAGCGGCGCAAGAUCCACCGAGACAUCAAGGCGGGCAACAUCCUGCUCAACACGGAGGGACACGCCAAGCUGGCAGACUUUGGCGUGGCCGGACAGCUCACGGACACGAUGGCCAAGCGCAACACGGUGAUUGGCACGCCCUUCUGGAUGGCCCCCGAGGUGAUCCAGGAGAUUGGCUACGACUGCGUGGCCGACAUCUGGAGCCUGGGCAUCACCGCCCUCGAGAUGGCCGAGGGCAAGCCCCCCUACGGCGACAUCCACCCCAUGCGGGCAAUCUUCAUGAUCCCAACGAAACCUCCGCCCUCGUUCCGCGACCUUGACCGGUGGUCUUCGGAGUUCAUAGACUUUGUGUCGCGCUGCCUGGUCAAAAACCCUGAGGAGAGAGCCACAGCUUCGGAACUCCUUCAGCACGUGUUCAUCAGCAACGCCAAGCCCGUGACGAUUCUGCAGCAGAUGAUUGUGGAGGCCAGAGAGAUUCAGGAGGAUGAGGCGUACCGAAAGGACCGGAGGGGAAGCAACGCCGGGGAGCCCUUCCCAGACGACGACGAAGUGGAUGCCGGCACGAUGGUGAAACUUGGUGCGGAUCCGGGGACGCUAAAGGCUGACCGCGGUGGAGGCGACGAGAACGCCCCUGCCGGGAGCGACCUCGAGUCCGACCUUGGCACCCUGGUGAUCAACAGUGACGGUGAAGACGACCAGGAUGACUCAACUAUGAAGAGGCACGACACGUCCACCGGGGAGCGUAAGGAGAGCUACCGCCCCUACUUCUUGGACCACUUUGACAAGAAGGAGCGGGAGCAACAAAGCGCGGCCGGUGGCGGGGGCGCCAACAGCGCCAAGACCCCACCUCGCCGGGACGCAACGCCCCACCCCGGACAGUUCCCCCAGGACCUGGCAAAGGUGCUGGGCGCUACGGCCUCCGUGGCCCCUCAGGUGGCACAGCCGCUGCUUGUGGGCCACGGCGGCGGAGUGAGUCUCGGCUCAGCCAUGGCGCCCUCGGCCGCCACGACGCCCGGACUUGCCUCUCAGCAGGAGAAGUUUGAGCAGCAGCUGCAACGCCAGCUGAACCAGAUGAGCCAGGGCUCGGCGCUGGGCGGGUCUGCACAGUCCCUGUUGCUUCAGCAGCAUCGGCUGCAGCAGCUGCAACAGUUCCAGCAGCAACAGCAGCAGCAGCAGCAGUACCAACAGCAGCAGCAGCAAUAUCAGCAGCAGCUGCAACUGCAGCAGCAUCUUCAGCAGCAGCUUCAACAGCAGCAGCAGCAACCACAUCCGCUGCUGACGCAGGGAAUGGCACAUCCACCCUCGCCCUUGGACUACUUGCAGCCACCUCGAUUCCAGCCCCGCACAUUUGUCGAGGGAGACUUUGACUUUCGAGAGCCCCGUCUGCUGACCCCGUUGCAGCUCAAGUACCUGAGCAACGAGGAGCUGGGGCAGCGCAUGUCCAGCCUCGACGGCGAGAUGGAGCGCGAGAUAGAGGACCUCAGGCGCCGCUACCAGGCCAAGCGACAGCCCAUCCUCGAUGCCAUGGACACCAAGAAGAAGAGGCAACAGAACUUUUGAGCCACGUUCCCGGGGACGAGUCGUCGCACCCGCAUCCCCGCCUGUCCCGCCCACUGCACAGGUUCGCCCUGUGGUGCCGCUUUGCCACGAGACCCCGCAACAUCUGACGCAGUGGGAGUGGAGGCUCGGCGUCCAAGGAACUUAGGUUUUACUUUGUCUUUUUUUUUUUCUUUUCUAUUUUUUUUUUAGCUCAAUUUAGUGCAAAGUGCCGAUGCAGCACUUGUGUCCAAUCUUUCCCAUGUUGGCCUUUUGUGGGCAACAUAAAAAAUGCACCGUUGUUGCACGCUGACAGUGUUUCGUGGAGGGGUACGAAAAGAGUAGACCAUGUCUAGUUUAGGUGGCGCCAACUACCGCCAGUUUUCGCAGCAGGUUCUUGACACACGUAAGAGUCUCCACCCGUCGCGCUGCAACGCGGACGUCUCUGGUCGUACGAUUGAGGAGAAUGUUUUAUGUCCUUUAGUACACUUGUACGCGUCUUGGGGUACUUAGGAUCGUGUGGCAUUAACGUCAUGUUUCUAGAUUCCGGAAAUUUUUAACUCUUUGUUCGAACCACUUUGGUGCGCAAAGAAUGGGGAAUGGGGUUUUGGACGGGCCUUCGACCGCUGGUCACACGUGGACGAACUCGCGUUUGUGACCGCGGGAUUAUUCCAGGGGGCUGUGGACGGUCUUGACCCUGUCUUCGGGGCAUUGCGGCGAAUUGCGGACAAGAGAUAGUUGGUUUUUUAUGUGUUCGGAGAUUUUUUUGCAUUUUGAUUGUAAGAAAGAAAUUAACUUCCCUCGUCCUGUCACUGAACCGGCCUUACUUUUGGCACGUGUUUAGUGUCUGUUCCUAUUUUUUGCUUCAGACCUAGCGCCUUGUUUGCUGCAUGUGGGCCUUACGUGUCACUUGCUGCUUUUAUCGCUUUCAUUAAUUUUUUUCUUUUUUACAUACUGUUUUUAGGAGAAUGUUCUUGUGGUCCCUGUACCGAUAAAAGUAUGUCCACGCAUCGAGCAGGGUGGAAAUGAAUGGAGUGCCAAUUUUGUACGCAAAUAGUUGCUUUUAUUUUUUUUAAAGCCUGCGCAAUUCUCUUUGCACUGGCCCGAUCUGCCACGGUUGAUUUUGCUUUCUAUUCGGCUGAGCGUCGUCUUAGCCUUCUCCCUAGUCACAGCCAUUCAGUGACCUCAUCUUAACGCGGGCGUGCCAUCUUAAACUGUCGUCAUCGUCGUCUUCUGCGGCAUAUGGCAGACGGGCAUCCUUGCUUUGUACAGCUACGAGUUAAUCGAAUAUUCCAACUGUCCAGGCUCAAAGUGGAACGGCCAGGAAAACCCGAGAGUGCCUUGUCUUUUCCAGCUCUUGAAGAAACACCUUUGCACAAAGCAGCACACCUUACCACAUAGCAGCACCCUAGAUGCCACGGAGUUGUCUCCACGUUGACAAGUUUUGACUCGUUUUUGUGCUCGGUGAAGAGAAGCUAAGUAACAAUUUUUAAGAAUGACUAUUUUUUGUCCCGGACCACACGGACCUUGUGAUAAUGUGGUCUCGUGUUCUGACGCUGGAACCCGGCAUGUUCGAGGCAUGCAGUUUUUACAAACGACGAAUAGAGUGUAUGUGGCCCUGGAGAGACGUCUGCUCCAUUAAUAAGCAUGCUGCAUCAGCACCAGUUCAGAGCAAAUGUCUGCACAUCUUGCAUUGGGGGAUGGCUUUCGAACAGGAAGUGUAAUUUUUGCACCGACCCGCAUAGAACUUGUGGCAUUAUUGUGGUUUUUGUAAUCCGUUGGGCAAUACAGUUUUGUGCCUUGGCGACGUGCGUAAUCGCUUGGGAGUUUUAUGUGUACCUAUAGACUCAUUUUUUGUUUAGAACUUUGAAUGGAUGUGUGUGUUUGUGUGCUUGCAUUUUCUCGCCGCUUAUUUAUUGUACAUAGCUGGACGCUUGUGUCUGCUAGAUCUGUCAUGACAGAGAAACAAUUUAGUCUCGAUUAAAAGUAUGAACAACAAG